GAAACAAAACCGGUGAUUUUUCGCGUUUUGACUUGAUAAAAAAUAACUUUUAUCUACUAAUAAGUGUAGUCCUAGGUGGUAAAGGAAAACUUUUCGUUCGAAAUUUCGUACCCAGUUAAUGGCUGACCGAGGCGACAUCGAGAACAUGGUCGGGAACGCGAUCGAGCCCCGGGAGAACGGUGCCGAGGAGGAGGACGAGGUUGAGGAGAUCAACGAGGAAGAGUUCAAAUCGUUGAACGAUCAGCUUGACAAGUUGAACGCCGUGCUGGACACGCUGGAGUCGAAAAACGACAACAUUCACGCCGAGUUGAAAGAAUUGCUCGAGUCGAAUCGGGAGGCGAGAAAGCAGUUUAAGGAAUCUCAGGAGAGCCAAGCCAAUAAGGGUCAAGAGGAAGCAAAGUCUUAAUUAAUCAACCUUUUUUUGCCAAAGUAAAUAUUUUACAUUUAAUUGUAUUAUUUUGCUGAAUUUCAUUAGUGUGUGUCCAUUAUGGUAUUUAUUAUACAUUCGUUUGAAAUGCACACAACUGAUGGAUCGAGUUCGAAUUGUCAUUUUCGAGCAAAACAAUUUUUUUGGAGAUAAUUACACACGUGUACAGUGCGUUGGCGGAAGUUGUAACAUUCCUGAUUGUAAAAGUUAUUUGUACAGAUUUUAAGAAGAAUGUCGAGGUGCAUAAAUAUAAUGUGUAUGUUAACUUGUAGGAAAAUAUAUGAAUAAAAUUAUUUUUCUUACAAAAGUA